AUUUAUGAAAUAUGAAUUAUAGUGGGAAUAAACAAACCCUAACAAUACUAGAAAUUUUGAUUACACGGACGAUUCAAGAUUUCCUGUUCGUCUUCGGAAGGCAGUUGAUCUUCUUUAUAUUUCAUGUCUCCAGUCCACCAAUUGAUUUAAUUACUCGACGUAACGUUAUCUUCAUCAAUUGCAAUUCCAUAUUCAGUUUCUUAAUCUUUCAAACCGACGGUGACCGACCAUGGAUGGCGGAGAAGCAAUUUGGAAAGAGAUCGAGCUUUCUGAGAGCUAUCUUGUCUCCGCCAUGUUCGAGGAAGCAGCAGGGCUAGCUUCCUCUGUUUUGAAGCGUAUUUCUCAAGACAAAAAUAUCUGUGAUAAUGAUAUGAUGGAAUGUGCUGGUAUGGUUUUAGUUCAAGCUUUGAGGGAACAUGGAAGGACAUCACGUAUAGUGGAUGAGCUCAAAGUAUCAUUUCCCUCCAUUGAAGCCAUCCCUCAUCUAGUUCUUUUCACUGGGGCAUGUUUCGAGAUCUCGGAAGGUCUUUCUGAUAUGCGAUGUAUUCUAGAAGAGUUCCUUAGCAAGUGGAGUUUAUUGAAUGAAGAAAUAUAUGUUCUUGUUGGCUCAAGAAAUAUUGAUGAACAUGUUGAUGGGCAGGCUCAGUUGACUGUUGAUGAAUAUCUCCAAAUUGUUCAUGUUUACCUCAAGAUGCUCAUAGAGAUAGGUUUGAAGGAUGUGGAUCUUGCUGUUUCUUGGGUUGAGAAAGCUGCUUUACCUGAGGAAAAGCGUCAGGUACUGUUGAGGUGGCUAGACAACCAGGAGUCUCGGAAAGCUGCCAGUUUGUCACAAUCACCCUCUUCAUCUUUGUUUAAAGAUGACUAUAAAACACAUUUAUCUUCUUCAGAAGGACUUCAAGUAGCAAGAGCUUCAAAAACAGCCUUAGACCUUGGAUAUCAUCAAGAUGGAGGGAGUGCUAACAGAGAAACGGUUCUAAGACUACAUAAACUUACAAAAUCAUCGUUUUGGCCGUUCCGUACCAUAACAUUGAAGUUUGGACAUAUUCGUCUCGUCAUAUCCACCAGUAGGAUUUUGCUUAGCUGUUUGCUAGUUCUAAUUUAUUAUCUGAUGCGAAGGAAACUAACCACUUUGAAGAGGAUGGCUCAAAAACAAGGUUUGUCCAUGAAGAAAGCAGUGGUAGACUUGUGGCAGCUUGCAUUUUCAUAUCAAGUUAACCCUUUAGCCAUUGCUCAACCCCUUUCUGGAGCAGCUCGUGGAGUCUCAUAAUUCUUUUAAAACCAUAUUUGUUUUCUGUUAAUUAAUAUAAAGCAGCAUUUACAAGCAUUUUUCUUUAAAUGGGAAUUCUGUUCCCUUUGCUUCAUUGUGCUGCAGAAUCUGAUGAUGAAUAAAAUUAAGUUAAAGCUUACUGAGCUUACUGUUUGAAGAUU